AUGACACAAAAUAUGACUUCUGUCGAGAACAAUCGCUUUGUGAGUGGUGAUGUAUCAGAACUUCAACAAGUCAAUCGUAGUCCAAUAUACGGUUACCAACAUUUACCCAUUAUGACUUUAGAACAAGCUGUAAAAGAACUUGUUCCAUUAGUUUCUGGUCUUCCCAAUUAUGUUGCUCUAGCUAAACAAAAUUGUAAUCGAAAUUCAUCUCUAUUAACAUGGGAUGAAUCAGCAGCAAUUUAUCUUUAUUCAAUGCAAACACGUUUCUUUCCUAUGCUCAACAAAGCGCUUCGGGAUGAAAAACGACAUUUACUGAAGCCAUGGUUCGCCUUCUUAAAAUUGUUUCUUACUGCUCUUGAAAAAUUACCAUCGUUUAAUGACACUGCUUGGCGAGGAGUUUCGGGUGAUAUCGAUUCCGACUUUGCGAACAAUAGCGUAAAAACUUGGUGGAGUGUGAAUUCUUGUUCAAAAGCUCUCGAUGUUAUUGAAAUUUUUGUUGGAGGAAAAGGAGUUAUCUUUGCCAUCCAAGUGAUGCAUGGAAAAGACAUUUCUGAGUAUUCGGCAAUGCAAGGCGAACAAGAAGUCAUCAUUAUGCCUGGAGCUCGUUUACGUGUAAAGAGCAAUCCUCUCAACUUUAACAACUGUCUCCUGAUCGUUCAUUUGGAAGAAGAAUCAUUAUCCGAUCAAAAUAAACAAUGGUGA